AUGAAAACUCUACGCUCUAGACCUAGAGUACCAUCGUUGUUUCGCACCGUAGCCAUAGUCCUUUUCCUGGCUUUUGUUCUUUCUAUAUUUCAUUUUGCUAACAUACGUUCCGGUCACUCACCGCGUCCUAAUCCUAAACCAGACCCGGAACCGGAACUGCCGACUGAAAAUAAUUUCACAAAUGAAGACGUUGAAGGCCUGACUUCUCGCAUAAGAGUUCUCGUUCCGAAAGGUGGUCAUACGUUCCAACAACUAAAGCAACUAGAAUCGACCUGGAAACCCAAGACGAAUGCCACCGCCCCACUAACCGUAAUAAUCCUCUAUGUGAGUGAGCACGGCCUCGAACGUCAGCUUAGAUCCAUCGCUGAACAGUCCGCUAGACCAAGGGCAGUAUGGAUUAUAACUCCCGAUAACGCGGCCAAAGCUGCUGCAAACAGAGUUGUAAGAGGGUUGGGCAAUGACCCAGUAAUUGUACAUACUACAGAAGACGAUCAUCUCGGGCCAUUCGCUUGGCUUAAAUUGGCUCAACAUGUGACGACUGAACAUAUAGUGCUACUAGAUAACGGCGUGGUCCCUGGUUUGAAUUAUUUUGCCAACAUGCUUCGUGUUGCAAACGUACCAGUUUACAGUGGCGCUGUCAUUGGCUCAAUGGGCACUGUUAUUAGCAAAGAACAGAAUUUACGCUUGACCUGUUUCUUUGAUCAUACGCAUGGAGAUCGUCCUAACCACGACGGAGGCACGGACUCUAUUCUUCCAGAAAAAUCUCGACCGGUUGACAUGAUUAAUCACGUCUGGUUCCUUAGGAAACAGUGGAUAUCGUUAUUACUCAAAGAGAAUAGGCCGGACGCUUACAAACUGCCCUUGAGCUUCUUUAUAAGUUUCGCACUCAAAUAUCAGGCAAACAUCCCCUCUUUUGUAAUACCCACCGCUCUAACCGAUGCCAACUCAUGGGGGGAUGUAAGACAUGGUCCCAUACAGGGUGCUACUUGUGGUAUAUUAAAACGUGAAUUAGCAACCAAUGUUGUGUGGAAAAAGUAUCUGGAUCGUGGAUAUCCAUUAGUUACGCAACAGAAAAUCUGGAAUCAGGUGACAACAAGAGUAGCAACAUUUGCAAUUGACGGUAUUCGCCAAGCCAGAGCUCUUGUCCCGCUAAUAUGUAAAAUGUCACGCGUAAGAGAAACUGACACUCACGUAGUUGUGACGGGCAUAGGUCGUGGACUAGAUAGAGGCGAGAUGAAGAAAUUAAUCGAUAAGCAUUCAUCUUUGUGUAGUAGUAUCAACAUUUACGAUCUAGACGUUCUUGAUGGACCCCACUUUGGACUGCCAGUUGAAGAUAUUGUUAAUAUUGUUACUCAGAUCGAACAUGGACUUACUCGCAUUAUGCAGUAUACUAAGCCGCAAGUUAUUAUUUAUAUCAAAGAAGAAGAAGAAGAUAGCUAUGGUACACAAGGGUUCGCAGAAGCAGCAAGUAAAUUUGCAGAGUCUGCUGGAAUUAUAGCGAUUCCAUCUACGCACAUACCUCAUGUUAUGUGGAUACCGGAUCUGCCGAUAAGGGCUCUCAAACAAUGGAAUACACCCCAAGUGCAAGUGCAUAUAAUAACUCAAAAACGCGUAGAAUCUCUCAAACGCCUAAUGAAGUCCGUCGCGACCGCUUAUUACCUGGGCGAUAAAGUAUCGCUUACCAUAAAUAUGGAUAGAUCUGCAGAUCAACCAACCAUUGAAUAUUCCCGAGCAUUUAAGUGGCUACAUGGAGAGAAACAUGUUCAUUUCCGUGUUGUCCAAGGAGGUCUUCUUCCGGCAGUAGCCGAAGCUUAUUAUCCAGCGCAUGACGAAGAUUAUGGUGUAGUUCUCGAAGAUGACGUGGAGCUUUCUCCCUUUUGGUACGUCUGGACGAAAUAUACUAUACUCAAAUAUCGUCAUGCAACAGCCAGAGAAGUAACACAGAGAAUGUUUGGUGUGAGCUUUUACGGACAAAAGGCGAUGGAACUUCCCCUGCCCGGCCGAAUAUAUUUCUCCCCAGACCAAGCGCUUGAGGGAUAUCCAUUCCCGAGCCGAACUCCGUAUUUAUGUCAGGUACCCUGUAGUUGGGGGGCAGUUUAUUUCCCCGAGAUAUGGCGGGAAUUCCAUGACUAUCUUCUCGUUCGUAUAGAAGAUUGGAAUACGCUUAAAUUCCAGAAUGUGACUAUUCCGUGGAGCAGAUCUAACAAAUGGCGAGCAUCGUGGAAGAAAUUCUUGAUUGAAUUGACGUAUCUGCGUGGAUAUGUUAUGUUGUAUCCUAAUUUCGAAGAGUUUGCCAGUUUCUCCAACAAUCAUGCCGAGAUUGGAGAGCAUAUGCAUCUCAAACCUGGGAAAGUAUAUAAUGUAACCAUAUUCCAAGUACCUCUUAUGCAAAACGACGUUAUUCUUCAGCAAUUGCCAAAGGGCAGCCUACCUUCGUAUAAAGAAUUGCCGAUAUUGGAUCUGUGGGGAAAUGUUACUUCCUCAGAUGAGAUCAUAGAAAGAGGAAACGCAUUACAUGCGAACAUUUCACUUUGUUCUAUUCCCGACGAAUUAACGUAUGAUCCUCAAGAUCUGUUGUGUAUUGACGAGGAUGAGAAAGCUCGUGUUAUUGAGGAGGCGAGAAUUCAAGCUAAGAAAGAAGCAAGGAUGUACAGGAAGUUUAAGGCCGAACUUCUUGCAAAAGCAAGCGCAACUGUUAAACAUGAACCAUCACCAACAACGACUUCUGAGCAGAGCACGAAUACCGUUAUUCUCGAGGAUGUUGAUGUUGAUGUUGAUUAA